ACGUAACUGCUGGUUCUGCGACCAAAACCCACCAUAAUAACAACGAAGACGAAACGGCUUCUUCAUCAUCCAUAUACAUCUCUUCUCUACUCUAUUACAACAACAACAUCUCUCACACUGGUUUUGUAAUUCUCUCCGCUAAGAGGCGAAAAAGAUGAACGAUGCCGAAGUUGUCAACCAGAUCCACCAGAUGGUUAGCUUUAUCCGCCAGGAAGCUGAAGAAAAGGCCAAUGAGAUCUCUGUCUCCGCCGAAGAAGAAUUCAACAUUGAGAAGUUGCUGCUAGUUGAAGCAGAGAAGAAGAAGAUUAAACAAGAGUAUGAGAAGAAGGAGAAACAGGUCGACGUCAGAAAGAAGAUUGAUUACUCAAUGCAACUGAAUGCGUCGAGGAUCAAGGUUCUACAAGCUCAAGAUGACAUUGUCAAUGCAAUGAAAGAAGAGGCUGCUAAGAAACUCUUGAAAGUUAGCCAACAUGGCUUUUUCAACCUUCAUCACCAUCAGUAUAAACAUCUCUUGAAAGAUCUCAUUGUUCAGUGUUUGCUUAGGUUGAAAGAGCCUGCAGUGUUACUGCGUUGUCGUGAAGAAGAUCUUCACAUGGUUGAGUCUAUGCUGGAUGAAGCGACUGAGGAAUAUUGUGAGAAAGCAAAGGUUCAUGCUCCUGAGAUUGUUGUCGACAAGGACGUUUUCCUUCCUCCUGCUCCUUCAGAUGAUGAUCCUCAUGCUCUUUCCUGUGCAGGAGGAGUGGUGUUGGCUUCUCGUGAUGGGAAAAUCGUGUGUGAAAACACGCUUGAUGCGAGGUUGGAGGUUGCCUUCCGCAAGAAACUUCCCGAGAUCCGAAAGUCACUCAUUGGCAAGGUUGGUGAAGCUUGAUGAAUGACUCCUCCAACUUUAUAUAUAACCAAGAAAAGUUUGUGGCUCUCCAUUUAUCCAUUUGUUUCUAUUGUCACCAUUUUUUUUUUUGAAACUUUGUGUAAUGUACUUGUUGAUGGGCAUUGGACUUUUGUUGUUAACUGUAGUUCAAUAUUUGUUUGGGUUUGGUGAUGUAAUAAUAAUAAUAAAGUGUAAGUUGCUCUACUGGUCACUUUUUUGUU